GCAGCGGGGCGACCACGCCGAUGGAGCUGGUGGCCGGCUGCUACGAGCAGGUCCUCUUCGGCUUCGCUGCGCGGCCCGGACAGCCCUGGACGGUUACCCCUGAUUUUACCCACCAUGCCCACACUGCUUCUCUGUCGGCCGUAGCAGUGAACAGCAAGUAUGUGGUCACAGGGAGCAGGGAUGAGUCGAUCCAGAUCUAUGACAUGAGGAAGAAGGUGGAGCAUGGGGCACUGCUGCAGCACAAUGGCACAAUAACUUGUCUGGAGUUCUAUGGUACUGCACAUCUACUGAGUGGGGCUGAGGAUGGACUAAUUUGUAUCUGGAAUACAAAGAGAUGGGAAUGCCUGAAAUCCAUUAAGGCGCAUAAAGGGCAUGUGACAUCUCUUUCUAUUCAUCCAUCCGGGAAAUUAGCUUUGUCAGUAGGAACAGAUAAAACAUUAAGAACUUGGAAUCUUGUAGAAGGACGAUCAGCCUUUAUCAAAAACCUGAAGCAAAAUGCCCACAUAAUUAAGUGGUCCCCUGAUGGAGAGAAAUAUGUGACUGUGAUAACAAAUAAAGUGGAUAUCUACAAACUCGAUACAGCUUCAAUCACUGGCACUAUCACAAUAGAGAAAAGAAUUUCUUCCAUUAGAUUUAUUACAGAUUCUGUCCUUGCCAUAGCUGGAGAUGAUGAAAUUAUAAGGUUCUACAGCUGUGACUCUCAAAAAUGUCUGUGUGAAUUUAAAGCUCAUGAAAACAGAAUAAAAGAUAUCUAUAGUUUUGAAAGGGAAGGACAACAUGUUAUUGUUACUGCAUCCAGUGAUGGUUACAUUAAAGUGUGGAAUCUGGAUCUUAAUAAGAUUAAAAACGUGCCAUCUUUAUUAUGUGAAGUCAGCACCAAAGCUAGGCUGACGUGCCUUGCAGUGUGGCUUGACCAAGCUUCAGAAAUGAAAGAAAAUUGUGAAAAAACUGCAACAUCAACUCAAGCAAAUGAAGAUGAGAAGCCAUCAGUAGACAAGAAGAAAGUCUGUGGGACGAAUAAAAGUGGUAAACUGACAAAACAACACAGACAAAUUGCUCCAGCUAAGCGAAAAUUGGAAGCUCCACUGCAAAAGAAGAAAAAGAAGCCGAAUAGCUCAGAAUGAAGGCGAAUGCUUUUUCUCCUGAAUAAGAAGUAAAUGCUGGUGUUGCUGUAGUUUUUACAAGGAUGUUUUAAAACUUCUUGUCGGGACAAACACCUCUGAACUGAUACGGUUUUCAAGAGUAAUUAUUUUUUACCCAGCUGAAUUGGCUGAUCAUUCUGAGAAAUAGUAAAAGGGAUGGCAACUUUACCUGAGAGAAUGAGGCUGAAAUAAACUCACAGUACGUAAUGCUUGUAUUUUUGUAUUUACAGCAGCAUACACUUUUUAACAGAUUCUGAAAUAGGCAGCUAAAAUGAUAAACAUAGCUACAUCUGUCUCAGUUAAAUUUUUGUGUCUCAGCUAAAUGCCUAUUAAAGUUAUAUUCUUUACUCAUAA